CAUUUUCUUUGUGUGUAUUUUUUGUUUUGCAUACAGUGAUGGUAAAGAUCAGAAGUGAUAGAUAAUCUGACAAAGAAUGGAUAUUAAAAAACUACUUGAAGAAGUUCAGUCAUGUUCACCUUUGGCAUUUUUACGAUACUACCGCACUCUAGAAUCGGGAGGGAAGCUGUUUGCAGGCAACGCUGGACAUUAGUGCAUAGGUGUAUAGGAAUUUGUGAAGACAACGGAUGCUUUUUUUUCCUUCAACGUGAGAAAAACUGAUUUGCAGGCAAUAUCUGCUGUUUGCUUGACUAAUUUUUUUUGAAGAAAUGAGUUGGACGUCUGCGUCCCCGAAAAUGGAUACAAUUCGACAGAAGCUUCGUUUUCUUCCCAGCGACGGAGAAGACGCCGAAGAUGCGGACAGUACCGGUGCAGACUCGGCUUUCCACGAGACGGACUCGCCCGAGGCGGUCAGGCGGACGCCGAGUGAUUCAAGCGAGACCAAUGGCGGCGGAGUGUCUCCGUUGCGGCUACGACAAGAUGACUCUUGGGAAGAAGGCUUGGGCCCCCCUUCUCCAUUGACAUCUCUGGAAGAUUUUAUGAGGGGCUCCCCGUCGCCAAGAAAAUGCCACAGAGCCUACAACCGCUUUUCUCCCGAAAGAGACUAUAAAUUGAAAGGACAGCAGGGCUCGAGCUCGCCCAUCCUAGACUGCCCAGAUACACCCCCUCACAAAACUUUCAGAAAGCUGCGGCUCUUCGACACGCCUCACACUCCUAAGAGCUUACUUUCAAAAGCCAGAUCACCUGAUCUUGAAUCAGUGAGACGGAGGGGAAUAUUACGGAGUUUGGAAUCUUCUGAUAAAACCUCCCAUCAAUGCAAGAAAAGCAGUGCACCACAUGUGAACAUCAAUCCUUUUACUCCAGAGUCCUUAUUAAUCUCUUCUACUACAAUUCAGAGGGCAAGCAGGAAGAGAGCUCACUGGAAUGACUCAUGCGGAGAAGAGAUGGAAGCUAGUGAUGGAGAAAUAGAAAAUGGAACCAUUCCAUCAAAGAGGAUUACCAUUACUGACAGUAACAUGAAGUCUCGGUAUGAAACAGAAUUUCAUGAACUAGAGAAGAUUGGGUCUGGAGAGUUUGGUUCAGUCUUCAAGUGUGUGAAAAGGCUUGAUGGCUGUAUCUAUGCCAUUAAACGGUCAAAAAAGCCACUUGCUGGAUCUGUGGAUGAGCAAAAUGCAUUAAGAGAAGUUUAUGCACAUGCAGUUCUGGGCCAGCAUACUCAUGUGGUGCGGUAUUAUUCAGCUUGGGCCGAAGAUGAUCACAUGCUUAUUCAAAACGAAUACUGUAAUGGAGGCAGCCUUGCAGAUGUCAUUGCAGAAAACUAUAGGCAGAUGCGAUACUUAAAUGAGCUGGAGCUAAAAGAUCUGUUGCUGCAAGUUGCUCGAGGAUUGAAAUACAUUCAUUCAAUGUCACUUGUUCAUAUGGAUAUAAAGCCAAGUAAUAUAUUUAUAUCAAGAAGCACUGUUCCAUCUGUAUGUGACAUAGACGAUGAUGACCAUUUAUCGACAGGGGUUGUGUACAAAAUAGGUGACCUUGGACAUGUGACUAGAGUUAGCAAUCCACAGGUGGAGGAAGGGGACAGUAGAUUUUUGGCCAAUGAAGUUCUACAAGAGGACUAUAGUAACCUAACAAAAGCAGACAUUUUUGCACUGGCUCUAACUGUAGUAAGUGCUGCUGGUGCAGAAGCACUGCCAACAAAUGGAGAAAAAUGGCAUGACAUACGGCAAGGAAAACUACCCAUUAUUCCCCAAGUCCUUUCUGUGGGUUUUUUGGACUUGCUAAAAUUGAUGAUAAACCCAUAUCCAGAGAAGAGACCUUCUGCUUCAGCUUUGGUAAAGCACCCAGUUUUAAUAACAACAGCCAAAAUGAAUGCUGAUCAACUUCGAGUAGAGCUAAAUGCAGAGAAAUUCAAAAAUGCACUUCUCUUGAAAGAACUGAAAAAGGCACAGACAGCUAAAGCAGCAGCAGAAGAAAAAGUUUUGUUAAUGGACCGAAUGACAACAAGGUCACUGACACUGACCAGUAACAGGACUUCCAGACUGAUUGGAAAGAAAAUGAAUCGUUCUGUUAGUCUUACGAUCUACUGAAGUACACUGAGGAUCUUUUCAGUUGUAAGCCACUUUCAUUAAGACAACUUGUAUGGGCAGAAUGUAUAAACUGAAAUUUCACCAUAUUCUAGUUGGCUUGAGGCCAAGGAGCAAAAAAAAAAAGACCUAGGUAGCGCAAGAUUUGUGCUACUAUAUGCAACAGAAUGGAGAGCAGAGCAGGCCUUUUAAGUACUGUGGACUUGAGUGCUCACCAAAAGGCAUUAAACUAAUUUGCAGUCUUUGUAACAUGAGUACAAGUAGACACCUGUCUAAGAAAAUGGUUAUCCUUCUGGAUGAAGCUGAACAUUGUAAACAGAGUGGACUAAAAUUCUUCAUGUAGCUGUAUGGUUUUAUUUAUUUUAAUUUUAUUUUUUAAUUUCAGAGCUGGUUCCAUUUUGAUAGGUAGUGGUAUAAUGAAGUUAAACACUUGAUCUUCAAAAAAAAGUGUCAGUUGUCCCCCACGUCAUCUAGACUCUGACUAAAUAUAGCCCCACAUUCCCGCCUUAAUUACCACAGGUAUUCAUUCAGUCCAUUUAUGCCCUUCAUAAAAUGUUUUUCAUAGUGAACGAACAUAGAAUUAUAAAGCCUAUUAUAGGGAGUUAUGUACCUUUUUAUUAAGGUAAUGUUCAAAAUGCUUAACUAAAUGUACUACACAAUUUGUCUCAACAAUCUCUUAUAGUCUAUAGCCUAUUUAAAAUGCAUUUAGACCCACUCAGAAUCGUACAUCAAGAGAUUGACUAACGCCCUCGUUUUCUAAAGAAAAAGUUAGUUAAUAAUCAGAAUUAAAAUGUGCUGUGUAUAUAGUAAGAUUUAUGUGUAACAUGAAUUGUUACAGAAAGCAGAUUAGAUUAUUAAACACUAGUGUAUCUGGAUGGGCAGGUGAUCACUAUGGUAUAACAUGGACGUGAUGUACUUAAUUGAAAGUUACAUUGUUGGUUGGCUCUUUGGUCUCAUUUCUUUGCCCUUUUAAAGUAUGGGGUGCAGUAUUUAUCAAACAACAAUGUAGAUGUGCAUUAUAGUUAAUACUUUCAGGUUACUUUUUGUGUGUUUUUGUCUGUUUUCCCAUAUCCCCCCCCACCCACAUAGCAACUUGAUUACUUUGUCUGAGGUGUUUUAAAGCAGAUGCCUGCUUUAUCUUCUGGUAUUGACCGUUCAAGAAGUUUCAGAAUAACUUUUUUUUUUUUCUUUUUACUUUACAGUUAAUCAGCUGUAUGAAUUUUUAUUGUAUUUUUUUUUAAAUCACUAUUUUGGACAGCUUUUGGUUAUUCUGUUAAUUUCUUCAAGGUACACUAUUGUUCAGCUCAGAAAGAUAACUUUGCCUAGAGAGAGAUGUCAAUUUCUAGCACAGAAUAACUGUUCAUUUUCAUUUGCCAUUAAAUAUGCCUUUUGAUUCCAGUUCUAGUUUUUUCCUGUUAAAUGCUUGUUGAUACAGGAAAGGCAGUAAUAGUGGCAUUGUACGGCACUUUAUAUUCUGUUUAACUUCUCUUUGUGUUCUGGUCAUUACUGUUGUGCCAUUUGUUCUCAGUAAACCUUUUAUUUAAUUUUU